AUGGCCUCCUCGCUCUCAGGCCCGCCUCUCUCCUUCUGGGAGAAGGCCGAUCUCUUCGCUGGUAACCUGUCCUUGCUCGGGACCGUCCUGUACAAUGUCAUCACGGGCGUCUUCCGCGGCAAGAACGGAGCGAAGACAUUCAACAUGCAUCUUUCCCAUGCCAUUACCCGCAAGGCUGUUACGCGACUAUCAGUACGGCAGCUUCAAUCCCAGAAUGCACCUACCGUCCAGGCGUAUGAAGCCUACGCUAAGCAGAAGAACCUCGUCCCGGAGAUUGUACCGCUCAAGCACGGCGCCCAGGGUCUUUGGAUCGGGAGCAAGAAUGCCAAAAACGUCGUUGUGUACUACCACGGUGGCGGCUUUGCCCUCCCCGCCGUCCCUGGCCACUUCUCCUUCCUCCACGAUCUCCUUGAAGAGCUGAACAGGAGUGGCCACGACGUCGCCAUCUUCUUUCUAGCAUACACCCUUUCCCCACCAGCCGCGUACCCAACGCAGCUGCGCCAAUCCGUCGAGGCCCUCCGGUACAUCCUCGUCGUGGACCAGGGCGGGCGGGAUCCAUCCAAUGUCCUUGUUGGCGGCGACUCCGCGGGCGGAAACUUAGCCCUCUCUGUGCUCCUGCAUCUCACGCACCCGCACCCGGAGAUUGAUCCGUUGCCGUUGCAGGAUGGCGCUGAGCUUGCUGGUGUCUUUGGCUUUGCGCCGUGGGUGUCGUUUGACCUGCAUGGGGAAUCGAUGGCCAAAAACCAGUACAAGGAUCUUGUGCCGUCGCAGGGGUUGAAGGUCUGGUCGGAGGAGUAUUUGGGAAGUAGGAAGGAGGGAGAUGCAUGGAGUGAGCCGGCCAAGGCACCGACUGAGUGGUGGGCUGGGGUGAAGGCGAAGAGGGUGUUGCUUCUUGCUGGGGGUGAUGAGAUUCUGUUGUCAGCCGUCGAGGAGUUUGCGAAUAGGUUCAAGACCGUCGUUCCGCAGACUACGUAUGUAGUUGGGUAUGAGGAUACCCAUGUAUCGCCAGUUUACAGUGGAACAGGGUUGGAGAGCCAACAGGCUCGGGGGUUGAGGAACUGGCUUGGUGCUCAUCUUUAA